AUGGACGAGCCGUGCAGCCCGCCCGCCGCCGCGCCGCCGCUGGCCGCCUCGGCCUUCGCCGCCUCCACCGCUCCCGCGCCGCCCUCGCCGCCGCGCGCGGACGGCGGCGACGGCGUCAGCAGCGGUGGGUGGAUGGGGUCGUUCGAGACGGUGCGGCGCUCGGGGUCGCAGGAGCCCGCGCACAGCCGCGCGUCAUCCGUCCACAGCUUCCCAUCCUCGGAGCACACGCGCAGCGGGCCCGCCGCCGGGUCGCCGUCGCCGGUGGGCGGCGCGGCGGGUGCGGCUGGCUUGCCACUGGCUGGCAAUGUGGGUGUGGGGCUGGAAGCCUACCCCGAGGAGUGGCAGGGAGAGGGGCUGCAAUCAGCAGAGGACGCGCGGCGCCCGCAGCAGCUCGAGUCCGACAUUGCACGCGGCGGCAGCGGCGACGCGGCUGCAGACGCGGUAAAACCUGGCCAUUCGCGGUCGCUGUCUGGAGAUUCAGGGGAGGACCUGUUUGGAAUGGACGUGUCCAGCGGCCACCACCUCGCGCCCUUGCGCGCCUCCGCGCCCGGCGAGCCCGGCGGCGGCGCGCACGGCAGCGGCGGCUCUUCCGGGCGGCAGCUGCCCGGCAGUUGGCCCGGGGGCGGCGACGCGCUGCCCGGGACGCCCGGCGGGGGCUCGGCGGGGGGGCGGGACGAGCCGCGGCGGCGGGGGCUGGGGGAGACGAUUAUGAGCUCCCUGCACUGGCCGUGGAGCCGGCGGUGCACGCCAGAGCGGAUUCAGGAGCGGGAGAGGGAGAAGGAGGAGUCGCGGCAGCUGAAGCUGCACCAGAAGCAGCAGCGGGAGCUGCGGCGGGGCGCGUACGGCUGCUCCGUCGGCUCGAGCGGCGGCGGCGGCGACGGCGGCGGCGGCUGCAGCGCCGGCAGGGCGCCGCGCCGCACCAUCUCGGAGCCGUUUGCCGACGCGGGCCGCGCCGGCCUGGGCCCGCUGCCGUCGCAGGCGCUGUCGGCUGCGAGCGCCCCGGCGCUCGCGCUCGGGCGCCUGCGUGUCGUGCUGGCGCACGGCGGCGCGUUCAUGUGCACGCGCGCGCACUGCGUCUACAACGGCGGCUCCAAGAAGCUGGUCACCAUCACGUGUGACGGCGGGCUGCAGCGGCUGAAAGAGCAGGUCGCUGCAGCGGUCGGCGGCGACGUCUGCCCCUUGCAAUGCCACCUCAAGUACGCCCUCCCUGGCGCCGACUGCGUGCUACUGGACCUCAACUCCGAGGACGACCUCACCAACAUGCUCGAGGAGUACCAGGACUUCGCCGCGGCUGCCGUCAAGGGCGGCGCAGCUGCCGCGAAGCUGCAGCUGUACCUGGACGUCGACGAGGCCCGCUUUGUGCGCGUGGCCGGGGAGGUUGCGGCCGCGGCCGGCGGGGCGGCCGCCGUCGAGGCCCUGGCCUCCGGCCCGCUGUCCAUGGGCAGCCACAAGGCGCCCGGGCCGCCGAGCAGCGCCGGCAGCGCCAGCAGCAGCGGCAGCAGCGGCAGCAGCGACCGCGGCGGCCGCGGCGGGAGCGGCGGCGGCGGCGGCGGGCGCGCGCCGCGCGCGAGCUCCACCGACGGCGGCACCGCAGGCUCUGGCGGGACGCCCCUGGGGGCCGGAUACUAUGGCAGCGUCGCGACGGCCCCGAGCGCGGCGCCGUCGGGCGCGCUGCCGUCGGGCGACGCGGCGGCCAAGGAGGAGCUGUGUGGCUACGUGCGGGACCUGCGGGCGCGCGUGGAGGUCAUCCGGCCGUGGGAGCUGCAGGUCGUGCGGCUGCUGGGCGCCGGCGCGUUUGGAGAGGUCUUCCUGUCCAAGUGGCGCUCCACAGACGUGGCAGUCAAGUGCCUCAGCCCCAGCCUGCUGGUCGCCGACGGCUCCACCACGGGCGCCCCCUCCAUCGCGGCCGUGUCGGACCUGCUGCGCGAGGCCGGCAUCCUGGCGGGCCUGAGGCACCCCAACAUAGUGGCGGUCUACGGGGCGGUGCUGCCGCAGUGCGCGCACGCGGGCGAGCCGGCGCCGGAUCCAGAGCUGCUGGCGCGCAGCCGCAACUCGGACGCGCCCGCCGUGCGGCCGCCCGCCCUGGUGGUGGAGUACCUGGCGCACGGCAGCCUGCGCUCCGCGAUCAACUCGCGCGCCGAGUGGCUGGCGGCGCCGCAGGCACGCGUGAAGCUGCUGCUCGACACGGCGCGCGGCCUGGACUACCUGCACUCAAAGAAAAUUGUGCACUUUGACCUGAAGGCCGCCAACAUCCUGGUGGGCAUAAGGGACAAGGUGCCCCACGGCAAGCUCUGCGACUUUGGCCUGGCCAAGCAGCGGCGGCAGACCUACGUCAGCGGUGUGACGUCACUUCGCGGCACGCUGCCGUGGAUGGCGCCGGAGAUCCUCAAGAACCCCGAGGCUGUGAACGAGGGCAGCGACGUCUACUCCUUCGGGGUGGUCAUGUGGGAGAUCUGGACCCAGCGCGAGCCCUUUGAGGAGCUGGCCCUCCACGCGCUGCUCCACGCGCUGACUCAGCCCGAGGGCCUGCAGCUGCCGCUGCCCGGCGACCGGGACUGGGCCACGUCGACGGGCGCGCCGCCGGAGCCCGCCCCAGGGUUCGAGGCGCUAGUGCGGCGCUGCUGGGCGCGCGAGGCGGCCGCGCGGCCGAGUGCGGCCGAGCUCGUGGCCGCGCUGGAGGAGAUGGCGGCGGCGCUGCGGCGGCGGCGCGCGGCGGCGGCGCCGGCGGCCGUGGGCGCCGUGCCCGCCCGAGUGCUGGCGUGA